GAGGCGUGUAAAAGCGGGACGGCGGGGCCGGGGAGCAGCGAGCGAGCGAGCGACCACAGCCGGGGCUGUGCUGCGGAGCAGGUUGCACUGGUUGCAGGGAUCAUUGCACAAACGAGCAAAACGUCGUCCGAAAUGGCAGCCGAGGGGGAUAAAAUGAUGGCAGGAAGGUUUGUUGGAAGCACAGAUCCAGUCAUGGAGAUGCUCAGCUCUUCAAUUACCUUUGAUCAGAGACUGUCUGAGGUUGAUAUCCAGGGGAGCAUGGCUUAUGCCAAAGCCUUGGAGAAGGCUGGGAUCCUAUCUAAAACUGAGCUGGAGAAGAUCCUGAGUGGCCUGGAAAAGAUCUCUGAGGAGUGGUCUAAAGGAGUCUUUGUGGUGACCCAAAGUGAUGAGGACAUCCACACCGCCAAUGAACGCAGACUAAAGGAGCUGAUUGGAGAUGUAGCUGGAAAGCUGCACACUGGCAGAAGCAGGAAUGAUCAGGUUGUGACUGACCUGAAGCUCUUCAUGAAGAAUUCCCUCUCUAUCAUCUCCACUCACCUCCUGCAGCUCAUUAAGACCCUGGUGGAACGUGCUGCCAUAGAAAUUGAUGUUAUCCUGCCUGGCUACACCCACCUGCAGAAAGCUCAGCCCAUCAGAUGGAGCCAGUUCUUGCUCAGCCAUGCUGUGGCUCUGACCCGGGAUUCUGAGCGCAUGAUAGAGAUAAAGAAGAGGAUCAAUGUCUUGCCUUUGGGAAGUGGUGCUCUGGCUGGCAACCCACUGGAAAUUGACAGGGAGCUGCUGCGCAGUGAGCUGGACUUUGCUUCCAUCAGCCUGAACAGCAUGGAUGCUGUUAGUGAGAGAGACUUUGUGGUGGAAUUUCUCUCUGUGGCCACCCUGCUGAUGAUCCACCUUAGCAAGAUGGCUGAAGAUCUCAUCAUCUACAGCACCAGUGAGUUUGGAUUUGUAACCCUCUCGGAUACCUACUGCUCUGGCAGCAGUGUGAUGCCUCAGAAGAAGAACCCUGACAGCCUGGAGCUGAUCCGUAGCAAGGCUGGACGAGUGUUUGGACGGUUGGCUGCUAUUCUCAUGGUUCUCAAAGGACUGCCAAGCACCUACAACAAGGAUCUGCAGGAGGACAAGGAGGCUGUCUUUGAUGUUGUAGACACCCUGAAUAUUGUGCUCCAGGUUGCUACUGGAAUGAUUUCUACCCUCCAGAUUAACAAGGAGAACAUGGAGAAGGCACUGACCCCUGAGAUACUGUCUUCUGACCUGGCUCUCUACUUGGUUCAUAAAGGAAUGCCAUUCAGACAAGCCCACGUUGCCUCUGGCAAGGCCGUCCACCUCGCCGAGACUAAAGGCAUCCCCAUCAACACUCUCAGCCUGGAUGACCUGAAGAGCAUCAGCCCCCUGAUCGGCAGCGACGUCUCCCAGGUCUUCAACGUUGUCAACAGCGUGGAGCAGUACACAGCCAUGGGGGGCACUGCCAAGAGCAGCGUGUCCACCCAGAUUGAGCAGCUGAGGGAGAUACUGAAGAGGCUGAAGGAGCAAGCUUAGAGUGUGGGGAGAGAUCCCGUGGAUGCAGCAUUGUGCCUGUUGCACUGAUCUGGAGUCAAUAAACACUGGGGUGUCUGUUGUUCACUGAA